CAACAUAAAUCUUAACUCAACUUCUCAACAGCCAAAUCCUUUGCUGCAAAACUUGCCUCAAAUCUCAACUCAAGUCCAACUCCUUUGCAAAGAAUCAAAACAUGGCUUUGGUUGGAGAGGCUUUUCUCUCUGCUUCCGUAGAGGUGCUGUGCGAGAAGAUUAGUUCUCGUGAGUUCAGGGAUUUGUUCCGGGGAAAGAAACUGGACGAGUCGCUUGUAAAGAAACUGAAGAUAACGCUAUUGAGCCUCAAUGCAGUGCUUAAUGACGCGGAGGAGAAGCAGUUCACGAACAUUUACGUCAAAGAGUGGCUUGAUGAGCUUCAAGAUGCGGUCUUUGAUGCGGAUGACCUUCUGGAUGAGAUCAAUGCUGAAGUUCUGCGAUGCAAGGUGGAAGCUGAUGUCAAAACUCAGGUGUUGAACUUCCUCUCUACUUCUCUUAAUCCUUUUUAUCAAGGCAUGAAUGGUAGGAUCAAAGAGUUGUUUGAUAGAUUAGAACACCUUGCAAAACAAAAGGAUGUGCUUGGCCUGAGAGAAGGUGUUGUUGGGGGGAAGAUUUCUCGAAGAACUCCAACAACUUCCUUGGUGGAUGAAUCUUGUGUGUACGGUAGGGAUGGAGAUAAAGAAAAGCUGAUGAACCUGUUGUUAUCUGAUGAAGCAAGCAACAAGGAUGUAUCUGUCAUCACCAUAGUGGGAAUGGGCGGGGUUGGCAAGACAACCCUCGCUCAGCUCCUUUAUAAUGAUGACAAAGUGAAAGAGCAUUUUAAUCUUAGAACUUGGGCUUAUGUUUCGGAAGAUUUCGAUGUUACUAGGGUAACUAAAACCCUACUUGAGUCAGUCAGUUCAAAAGCUUAUGAUAAUAAAGACCUGAGUUGUCUUCAAGUUGAGCUAGGACAACAAAUAAAGGGCAAGAAAUUUUUAUUUGUGUUGGAUGACCUUUGGAAUGAGAACUAUGGUGAUUUGAGUCUCCUACAACGUCCUUUUGCAUCCGGAGCAAGGGGAAGUAGGGUUAUUGUGACAACACGGAACAAAAGUGUUGCAUCUCUCGUGCGCACCGUUCCAAUUCACUAUUUGGAACAGUUGUCUGAUGAGGAUUGCUGGUUGUUACUUUCAAAACACGCCUUCGAAAAUGGAAACUCAAGUGCACAUCUAGAGCUGGAAGAAGUUGGUAAGAAAAUUGCUUCUAAGUGCAACGGUUUACCAUUAGCUGCGGAGACACUUGGAGGCCUCUUACGUUUCGACACAAAUUAUGAGGAAUGGAAUAGCAUACUAAAUAGCAAUAUUUGGGAGCUGCCUCCUGAAAAAUGUAAUACAAUGCCAGCUCUAAGAUUGAGUUACCAUUAUCUCCCAACUCAUUUAAAACAAUGUUUUGCUUAUUGCUCAAUUUUUCCGAAGGGCUAUGAAUUCCAAAAGGAAGAUAUAGUUCUACUAUGGGUGGCAGAAAGUUUAAUUCCACAAGCUGAGAGUGAGAAAAGAAUGGAAGAGCUCACUAAGAAAUAUUUUGAUGACUUAUUGUCACAAUCAUUUUUUCAAAGAUCAAGAACUUUUAAAUCACAUUUCACAAUGCAUGAUCUCAUCAAUGACUUAGCUAUGUCUCUGUCAAAGGAAUCCUGUUUGAGAUGGGAAGGGGGCGAAUCACAUGAAGUUUUGAAAAGAGUUCGGCAUUUGUCGUAUGCUAGUGGACAAUUUGACUGUGCUGUGAAAUUUGAGCCAUUAUAUGAGGUUAAGCAUUUGCGAACCUUCCUACCUCUUGGAAGAGAAAGGGGUACAGAUUAUAUAAGUAAAAAGGUCUUACAUGAGUUAUUGCCAAAUUUAACAUGUUUACGGGUGCUAAAAUUGUCAAACUAUGGUAAUAUUGUUGAGUUACCCAAUUCUAUUGGUAAUCUCAUUCAUUUGCGCCACUUGGAUCUCUCUAAUACUGCAAUCAAAAGGUUGCCUGCCACAAUUUGCACUCUCUAUAGUCUACAAACAUUACUAUUGGUAGGUUGUGAGUCUCUUUUUGAAUUGCCUGCAGACAUGAGAAAAUUGAUUAACUUGAGGCAUCUUGAUUGUAGUGGAACUCAAAUUGAAGAGAUGCUGGUGAAAAUGAGUAGACUAAAAAGUUUGAGAACAUUGACUACUUUUGUUGUGGGGAAAUCUACUGGAUCGACUAUUGGCGAAUUGGGGGAGUUGUCCCAUCUUGGAGGAAAACUUUCAAAUUUGAAGCUUGAUAACGUGGUUGAUGGUAGUGAUGCCUUGCAAGCUAAUUUGAAGAACAAACAAGAUCUCAAGGAUUUAGAGUUGGCAUGGGGCUCCAAAGAUGCCGAUCAUUCUGAAAAGGUGAGAGAUGUACUUGACAAGCUCCAACCUGGCAUGAAUUUGGAGAAAUUGACCAUCAAACGUUAUGGUGGGACCAGCUUCCCAAACUGGUUGGGAGACUCUGCCCUCAAUAAAAUAAAAGUUUUGCGCCUCGAAGGUUGUCGUUAUUGUUUCGAGUUGCCACCGCUUGGACAGCUACCUUCUCUUAAGGAGCUCAACAUAUGUAGGAUGGAAUUUCUUAGGACGUUAGGUCCUGAGUUCUAUGGUCAGCCAUUUCAGCCAUUUCAAUCGCUGGAGAUGCUGGAGUUUAGGGAGAUGGCAGAGUGGGAGGAAUGGGUACCAAGUGGAAGUGAAGGUCCAAACUUUCCUCGUCUGCGGAGGUUGAUUCUAAGUAGGUGUCCAAAGUUGAGAGGAAGCUUGCCUUGUGAUCUGCCUUGCUUGAAGAAGCUUAGCGUGAAAGGGUGUAGGGUUUUACAUGAUCAAAGGGUCACUGCUACUACUAGUACUAGUACUAGUCUCAACUACAAUUGUCUUGAAGAAUUGGAAAUAGAAGAUGGAUGCCAAACAGGUCUGUUAUCAUUACUAGAGACAAAGCUCCUGUCCCUACUUUAUGUUGGACGUUGUAAUGACAUACAGUGCUUGCCCAACAUCAAUCGUCUUCAAAGUUUGACUCUCUGGCGUUGUCCAACGCUAUUGUCGUUCCCUGAAGAUGGCCUACCCACUUCGUUGACCUCACUUAAGAUUAACAGUUGUUGGAGAUUAGAAUUCCUACCUCAUGAGAUGUUGGCCCAAUUAACAUCGCUCCGCUAUUUGAGUUUAGAGAAUAGCUGUGAUUCAAUGAGGUCCUUCCCCUUGGGCAUUUUUCCCAAAUUGACAACACUUAUUAUUAGGAAUUGUGACUUUCAACUCUGACAUCUUUGGAUGGAAAGGGACUUGCACACCUUACUUCUCUUCGAGAACUAUUUAUUGCUGGGUGUGACAGUCUGGAAUUCCUGCCAGGAGAGGCACUUCAACACCUCACUUCUCUUCAAACGCUAUAUAUUUUCAGUUGUCCGAGUCUCCAAUCCCUGCCAGAAGAAGGUCUGCCGCCAUCUCUUUCUUAUCUGGAUAUCCAAAAUUGUUCUGGCCUGGAGAAAAGUUAUCAGAAUAAGACGGGACAGGAUCAUUGGGCCAGCAUAUCUCACAUUCCAUGCAUCCGGAUAAAUGAUGAAGUGAUCAUAUCAUGAUAUGACCUCUCUCUCACAUACAGACAAACAAACUCAGACUUGAGAAACUUUCCCAUGUUUGGAGGUCAAAGCAACUUGUGUAGGCAACCAUGCCCGAGGAGAGUUUUCCAUUGUAUAUGGAUUUUUGUUUUUCUACAAAAAAAUUGCAGCAAAGAAGGGGAAGGAAAUGUUCUCAAGGCGGAGCUCUAGCAAGAGACCAGCAUUUGGACAAUGCGGUAAACGGAUCUCAAUCUAACAUAACAAGCAUCACUGUCCAUUCAUGAUUAGAGUGGGAGGAAUGAAGACCAGAAGGCCGGUGUCCAGAUUUUCCUCAUCUCAAGGACCUGACUUUAGACAAGAGUCUGAAGCUAAGAGGAAGCUUGCCUUCUCAUCUUACUUGCUUGAAAGACUUAGCUUGUCGUCCAGGUGUGGGGUUCUACACGAUGAAAGGGCCAUACUACAUGGAAUAAUGUCUUGAAUUAGAAAUAUAUGAUGGAUGCCCAGGUCUGUUCUCAUUACUAGAGACAAAGUUCCUGUUCGUGCUCCUAUUUGAUACGGUGCCAUUUCCAAUUCAAAAACUUUUCAGGAGUAUCUUGUUGAGCUGAGAUAUGCAUGAAAAUGGAAAGCAAUCUAGUUGAAAUCCUCACUGGCUUUUCAAAAUCUGAUGAGGAACAAAAGUAUGAGAAAACACAUGAAUGAAGUGGGGAGGAAUGAAGACCAGAAGGCCAGUGUCCAGACUUUCCUCAUCUCAAGGAGAUGACUUUAGACAAGUGUCUGAAGCUAAGAGGAAGAACGACCCUAUCAUCUUCCAACAAACUCAAGAACACUGCAUGCUAUGAUGAGUUGAAGUUGAAGAUUUAGAGAAAGAAUGAAAUCUGUAGCAGAAAACAUAGGGCUGAGAUCUCUCCAAGAUACAUAUUUAUGGCUGUCUGAGUCUCCAAUUCCUGCCACAAGACUCUUUGUUUUCUGAGUAAAGGAGCAUCUUGUUGAGCUGAGGUAUGCAUGGGAAGUAAAAGCACUCAAGUAAACGUCCAUAUUAAAAAGCUAUUAGAAGAAGCAGGCUUUUCAAAAUUUGAUCUGGAACAAUUGAAGGUUUCUUUCAUGUCACUGCCCGAGGAGAGUUUACUGUUGUAUAUAGAUUUUUGUUUUUCUACAAACAAAUUGUGGCAAACAAAGGGGAAGGAAAUCUUCUCCAGGUGGUGAUCUAGCAACAGACCAGCAUUUGGACAAUGUGGUGAAGACGUCAUUUAUUAUUAGAGUAUCUUAUUGAGCUGAGAUAUGCAUGAAAAUGGAAAGCAAUCGAGUUGAAAUCCUCAUUGUGCAAUCGAGUUGAAAUCCUCAUUGUAUAGCUAUUAGACUUGGCUUUUCAAAAUCCGACGAGGAACAAAAACACAUGAAGGUAGAAUGACCUUGUCAUCUUCCAACAAACUCAAGAAAUGCAUGCUCUGGUGAGUUGAAGUUGAAGAUUUCGAGAAGGAAUGAAAGCUGUAGCAGAAAACAUAGGGCUGAGAUCUCUGCUCCACUCUCUCACAAAAGAAAAAAUGACCUUAUCAUCUUCCAACGAACUCAAGAAAGAAUGAAAUCUGUAGCAGAAAACAUAGGGCUGAGAUCUCUCCAAGGUUUCUUUCAUGUCACUGCCCGAGGAGAGUUUACUGUUGUAUAUAGAUUUUUGUUUUUCUACAAACAAAUUGUGGCAAACAACGGUGAAGGAAAUCUUCUCCAGGUUGUGAUCUAGCAACAGACCAGCAUUUGGACAAUGUGGUGAAGACGUCAUUUAUGAUUAGGUAGAAUGACCUUAUCAUCUUCCAACAAACUCAAGAAAUGCAUGCUCGGGUGAGUUGAAGUUGAAGAUUUCGAGAAGGAAUGAAAGCUGUAGCAGAAAACAUAGGGCUGAGAUCUCUGCUCCACUCUCUCACAAAAGAAAACUCUUUAUCAGAGCUAUCUUGUCCUGCAGAUAGUUCAUUUGUGUUUGGAAGGGCGGCCUUGGAAAAGCUCUCUUUGUGUUGAUGAAGAAUUCUUCAUCUCAAACAAGAUAAACUGAUGUUAAACCCUGGGGGGGCACGUCUUUGUUUUGUUUUCUUGCAAGAAAACUUUAUCGGAUGAUGAUGAAGUUGUUGAAAGUUACUUUCUAUGUAAUGCCAUAUGCUGCCAGUUUGUUGGCCUUUGUCUAUGGAUCCUUCAAAGACAGCCAUGGAUUGUGUACUUAAACCUGUUAAAGCUCGUAUU